CUCUCUUCCUUUCUCUCUAUCUUUACACUUUUUUUUAAAAAAAAAAAAUAACAAUUUAUAUGAGUCUUUCUCUCAACACUUUCCAAACCACGAAUUCUCGUGUUGACGUGACUUACAAACUCACUGGACAACCAGAACCUGUCCAACUCAGUGGUGUCGUUGUCCGUCCGGGAACUCCUUUUAACAAUGGCACUAUUGUAAUCACCACUCACACCUUACCUCACAGUACAAAGGGAAUCGUCUUAGCCAUUGACAUUCAGGCCCUCAAAGAACUCGAGCUGGUUCAUUUCGAAGCCAAGUACUCUGUAGACCUUACAGAGCAGCGUAUGCUUGCAAACGGUUUCCAAAGUUGGAGUCAGGCCCGAGAGAUGGAUCAAAAUGAUAAAAUCCCUUCUAUUCGUUCAUCUAUUGCCUGGUAUACCCAAUACAACUUACAAGGAGAUUAUGACUUUUUUCCUCAUUCUGGCGAAAAGGGACAGAUCCACUCCAGUAGUUACACGCAUUUCCGGGAUAUACAUAACGUCCUGCGUUUCUUUGGAUCAAUCUCCGAGUCACUUGGUUACACUUAUUUUAAGAGUGACUAUAACAACAACAUUUUGUCUGUCUACAAAGACGUAUUUGGCAAGACUAUCGCCCCUAACCAAACUCUUGAGCUGAUCCGCAUCUUUAUUGGGGAGAGCAACCAGGAGGGUGCUCUGUGGGACAUGUAUGGUGCGUUUUUUGAAGACAAGCGGUGUCUCAAGGGAAACACGGCCCAGCGCCAUGUCAACGGCUGGACAUCCUGGUACAACUACUACGGCGACGUGAGCGAAGAGAUCGUGUUCGAAAAUGUGGACGCCCUGGUGAAACACAAGUACCCCAUCAAUGUUUUCCAGAUCGACGACGGCUUCCAGACUGCAAUCGGUGACUGGCUAUCGAUCAACAAAAAGUUCCCGAGUGGCAUGAAGAGUGUUGCAUCCAAAAUCAAGGGUGCUGGCUUUAUGGCUGGACUAUGGUUAGCCCCUUAUGCUGUCGGAUUUAACAGUAAUGUUGCUAAAAAGCACCCCGACUGGCUUAUUCAAGAUCCUAUAACCAAGAAACCCGUCGUAGCCGGACCAAACUGGGGAGGCUUCUAUGCUUUGGAUAUGUAUCACCCCCAGGCUCGCGAGUAUCUCCGUGAAGUAUUCCAUGUCGUUCUUGAAGACUGGGGCUUUGAUAUGGUAAAACUGGACUUUUUGUUUGCAGCGGCCAUGAUCCCGCGCCUCGGAAAGUCAAGGGGUGAAAUCAUGUGGGAUGCUAUGGAGCAGAUUCGUGAAUUGGUUGGUCCCGAUAAGCUGAUCCUUGGCUGUGGUGUACCUCUUGCAGCAGCAUGGAGAAAGGUUGACUAUUGCCGCAUUGGCUCUGAUGUAUCUCCUUGGUGGGAAGACACCAAGCUCAAGCUUCUUCACGUUCGCGAGCGUGUGUCUACUGCAAACUCUUUGGUAUCGACUCUCUCUCGAUGGGCAAUGUCUGACCGUAUGUUUGGUAAUGACCCUGACGUUAUGAUUCUGCGUAACAAGAAGAACAAGCUCAAGCCAUCCGAACGUUACACUCUCUGUGUUCUCAAUAAUAUUCUUGGCGCACUCGUAUUCAGUUCAGACAAUGUGGGUGAUUAUGGUAAGGAUGAACAUCUGCUCUAUGCUGCCACGUUCCCCAAGGUAGUUGCGCAUGUAGAGAGCGUGAUCGAGUUCAGACCCGAGAUGUUCUUGGUGCAUUUUACGGUGGCAAACAAGGGUGGGGAGCCUCGUCACUAUACCACUAUAUCCAACAUGACAGGAGAGAGCCAGACUUGCUACUUGCCUCCUUCAGACGACGAAACCCACCUUUACUUUGCAACCAAUGAUUCUAUGCACAUGACAAAGCCAGACAAGCGCGAGCCCUUGUUCUACCACCCCUCGUCACGUUUUACCCUUGAAGAGCAUGAAACAAAGACAUUUUUGCAUAUCCCUCCUCCUUCUCCUGAAAACAACGGAAAGGUUACUCUAAUGGGAUCCACCAGCCACAUUGUCCCUGGUGCCGAAGUUGAGUUGCUUGAUUUGGCUCCAGAUGGCUCUGUGCAGAUUAAGUUUAGAAAGGAAAAUCAGCGUCAGCGUAAGGUGUAUAUAUGUCUUGGCAACCAGUACUUUGCCACUCGCGCGGCACCUUCGGCUUGUAAGGUGAACGGUGUUAUGGUUCCUGUUGAAAUUCACCCUAUUAGUGGAAAUGGCGAAGGUCGUACAGAGACUGAAGUGGCUGUUGCCGUGGUCGAGGCUUAAAAACCCAAAUGAUAAUAAGGAGUAAUGAUAAUAAUAAGAAUAAGAAUAGUAUAUUUUUAGCUUGUAUAUAUAUAUAACAGUAUACACAUUUAAUAAAUACAACAAACAGUGUUUGGAUACGAAGAAGUUCUAUAGUAUAAGAUAAA